AUGUCUCGCGAAGCCUACCAAGUCCCCUCCAUGGGCGGCCAGAAUGCCUUCAGCAACGAUGCCGGAUACAGCAACUCCAUGGCCAUCGAUACUCCCUCCGUUGUCUACCUCUGCGGCGAGUGCUCUGCCCGCGUGGCUCUGAAGCGUGGUGACCAGAUCCGCUGCAAGGACUGCGGUCACCGUGUUCUGUACAAGGAGCGCACCAAGCGCAUGGUCCAGUUCGAAGCCCGAUGA